GGCUUCGCCAAAAUGCCCAGUGCACACCUGUCUCUUCGGGAGGAGGACGUGGUGCGACUGGCCUUAGAGUUCCUCCAAAAUAGGUACCUCCAUAUAUCACAGCUCAAUGUAGAAAGAGAAACGGGCAUUAUUAACGGCAACCAUUCGGACGAUGCUCUGUUUCUUCGUCAACUGAUUCUCGAUGGGCAGUGGGAGGAUGUUCUUGAAUUUGUGCAACCACUUGAAGCAAUAGAUGCUUUUGAUACAAAGAAAUUUCACUUCAUUAUUUUGAAGUACAAGUAUUUUGAGUUGUUAUGUAUCAAAGCAGAAGCUCCCAAUCCCAGCAAGGAAGGUGCUGUUGAUGAACUAGUCAAGGUCCUGAAUGAGUUGGAGAAAUAUGCACCUAACAAGGAAGCAUAUUCUCAACUCUGCCUGUAUCUGACGCUCCCAAGACUUCAUGAACACUCAGACUUUCGUGACUGGAACCCUAGUGCUGCUCGUGUGCAAUGCUGGACUCAGGUGUUCCCGCUCGUGGAGAAGUUCCUUCCUGCAGAACGUCGCGGUGGUCUUGCAGGGGACAUGGAAGGAGUGGGAAUGGCCAAGAACGACCGCCUGGUACAGCUGAUCAUCAAAGGCUUAUUAUAUGAGUCAUGUGUUGAGUUUUGCCAGAGUCAGGCCACUGGUGACAGUAGUAACUCUGGCACACUCAAAUUUCCCUCCCUGCUCUCUUGUACGACAUUCAGUGACUCUGAUCUCUCGUUGUUGUCUUGGCUGCAAAGUAUACCGCCAGAAACCUUUGCUGUCCCUUUUGAACAAAAGACACUAAAUGUUGAUGUUGAACGAUUAGAAAAGCCAUCUCUGGAAGCAUCGUGGACUGAACAUCUUCUUGUGACACCAAUUAAACCAAGAACUUUCCCACAUUCUGCAAUGCCAUACAAUAGGCCAAGAGCACGGGAUAUUAUGUCACGCUCUCUAAACCCAAAUCUCGAUGGUCUCCCAUUUGGUUUAGGUUCAAAUAGAAAUUCUAUGGCACUUUCUACAGGUGAUAUCAAUAUGAUGUCAAAAAGUAUUGCAAGCUUCCACCUUACAGGAAAGAAGACCAUGAAUACAUCUGUUGAUCGGCUUUUUGACACGGAAAAUGUUUUCACAAGUAGUUCGUAUGGGGAUCUGCCCACAAUCAUAGAAAAGGUUGGACUUCCCAAGCCACCUCCAAGGAGAGCACGCUCAAGAAGUCCUGACAAGAGACAGUCCACAGAUUCGCUCAACAAACCAGCUUUUUCAGACAAAGUUGAAAAGGAUAUUCGGGAAGAGAAACCAGGUACACCACCAGCGCUGCCACCAAAGUCUUCGCCAACACCACCCCAGAUUCCCCCACCAAACCAUACCCCUCCAAACCUCCCUGCCCCAUAUCAGCAACAACCACAGCAUUACCCUCACCCAAAGCAAAACGUCCCUCUACCCCCCGUACCAGAUGGCAAGCCUUCCCUCCCUCCACCCCAGCCUCCGCAGCAGAACCAGAUGCCUCAGCAGCCUCCGCAACCUCCCUUUGACAGUAACUGCAAUGCCAACAAUGAUCGCGAGACGGGUGAACUCUUCAGCAUAUAUCAACGAAGACAGCAGAUGAUGGGUCAGCAACAGCAGCAGAUGUAUGACCAGUACAGCAACAACAAUCAGAUGAUGAUGAACAUGGGAACUCUACAUCCUCCUAACAUGAAUAUGAAUCGGAUGAUGCCCGGGGUGAUGCCUCCCCCGAUGGCCGCCCCGACAGAGAACUUCAACCCCGCUGCACAGCCUCCGUAUUUGCAAGGCUAUGACUCGCUUAAGGUAAGAGAAUCUGCGUGUGGUCGUCGGCCGCCCGCCAGGACUGCGACUGGCAGCAAAGAUGGAGAGGCCAAACCCAGAUUCCUUGCCGUCACUACACUGGAGGAUGUGCAGGCCGUGCGCUGUGCUGAAUUCCAUCCCUCAGGCCGUUUCUAUGCCGUGGGUUCCAACUCGAAGACGCUGCGGAUCUGUAGUUACCCCAAACUUUCAGAGCUUAGGGAGGAUCACACCACCUACCAACCGACAGUCCUCUUCAAACGCACCAAGCACCACAAAGGCUCCAUUUAUUGCCUGGCCUGGAGUCCCAUGGGAGAUCUCAUUGCCACCGGAUCCAACGACAAGACGGUCAAGCUUAUGAAAUUCAAUGCAGACUCGUGUAAUAUGGACG